ACACAUCCAUGUGUUAGAGAGAUAAAGAGAUUUUGGUGAGUUGUUAUGUGGGUGUAACAAUAAUCGAAACUUCCUCCUCCUCUUCUUCUUCUUCUUCAUAAACCUCUCUGGUUUGAGGAGAGUGAAGGAGUGAGAAAAACACUAGCCAAAAAUGGACAAAGCUCUGACAAAAGUUGGCAGCUUUUGGAUUUCCAAGAAGGCCAAGGAAGAGAUCUCCAAUAUUACUGAGGACCUCUCUUCAUUCUCCAGUACUGUUGAGGAAAAGGCAAGAUGGGUAUUCAACAAACUAAAAGGCAAACCACAAAAAGCCUUGGCUGACCUUCUCCGAGAGUACAACCUUCCUCCCGGCCUCUUUCCUCGGAACAUAACAUGUUAUGAGCUCGACGAAGUGAAGGGGAAGCUUAUCGUGUACUUGCCAUCGCCCUCUGAGGUGUACUUCAAGGACUCAUCUAUGAUAAGGUAUGCAACAAGGGUAAAGGCGACACUUUCAAGGGGAAAACUUGGUGGGAUAGAAGGAAUGAAGACAAAGGUAUUGGUUUGGGUUAAGGUGACUAGUGUUGGUGUUGAGAGCUACAAAUCUGAUAAAGUUUGGUUCACUGCUGGUGUGAAGAAGUCAAGGCCUAAAGAUGUCUAUGAGUUGCCUCGAGAGGCCAUUAAAGUUGAAGAGUUUUGAGCUGAGUUGAGAUCAUCUCUUUUACUUCUUACUUCAAAUUCUAUUGUGUAAACCCUAUGUGUAUGAACAUUACUUAUUAUUGGUUAUUCAUUGGUCACUAAAAGAAAAAUAAGUAUGACAAAUAUAUGAUUUUCUUUUGGUUGCUACAAUUAAUACUUGUAUGUAUUCCAUAUGGAUCAUAUUUGUUAUAAAAUAAACUGUCCACACCAAAUCAAAUUGUACUUUUCUGAUUG